UACUGACUUUACACUUGUUUUUUAGAACCUAAAAAAAAAAAUUAAGUUCACUAGUGAUAGAAUAAAUAAAAGUAAAAGAUGGCACAUGUUGAUAUUGUGCAAGAACUGUUUGACGAUGCAUCGCAAAAUCCUACAGCUUACGAAAACCAACCACGUCAACGGUUGCGUUCUUGGCUCACAGAUCAGUUGGAUUCUGGAAAUUGUCCUGGUUGUGGGUGGAUAAAUAAAGAUCUCAAGAUUUUUAAGCUGACCUGGAAGCAUUAUGGAAGGCCUGGGUUUGAUGAAGACAGAGAUGCUAAAAUUUUCCGUGAAUGGGCACGGCACACUAAAAGAUAUUCACCAGGAGAUCCACCAGAUGUUUCAACAUGGAAAACAAGGUUUCGAAAUGCUUUGCAUAAAAUGCCAGACAUAGAGGAAAUGGCUGGUCACCAUCAGUUAGAUGGAAAUGAUCCAUACCGUGUGUACAGAUUUCGUUCACCAGAAGAAAUGGAAAGAAUUCGCAAAGCGCAAACCACAAAUUUUGCCGCCAUGCCAGCAAUGUCACCAGCAUCUUCUUACGUUAUGUCAGAACCAGGUUCACCCUAUUGCCCUACUGGAAAUGCCACGAAAGAAAUUGACAAGAUCAAGCAGUUUUUGAUAGAUCAAAAUGAGGUUCCACAAAUGCCACAACAUAGACAUUUACCUACGUUCAAUGAUGAGGACUUUGACGAUAUUGAGAAAAUUCUGAUGAAAGAAAUGGCACCAAACAAACAAAUUAAAAUGGAAGUUAUGGAAUGUCAACAAAUGCAGAACGCGAAGCUACAACCCCCAAGCAACAUACCCAUCACUGCUAUUGGGAUCAAGUUGUUUUUCUCUGAAAAAGAAGUAGGCAGUCUUGUUGUUAACACCCCACACGGUGUGCGCAUCGCGUAUGAACCUCCACCGCCAGUUCCUACUGACAUUGUUCAAGAGGAUGGUGCCAAAGAAGUACUGUCGAACAUCUAUGGACCAUUGGAAGCCCAUCAAGUAUAUUACCCGUAUGCCGAAGAUGAUAAUUCGCAAAAAAUGCUAAAUUGGAUACGACGGGGGUUGGUAAUUGAGGUUAAGCCUAAUGGAGAUAUCUAUGCCACCAGACUGUGUCAAGCCAAAGUCUUUUACUCAAAUAACACACAAACACAACCCAACGAACUGAGAAGGUCUCAACAGACCUUAGUGUUUAGCUUUUACCGCCAGUUCCUGCCCGGUUUAUCGGCGUACCAAAAUGGACAACGCGUUCCACCGUCAUGCGAAAUGUAUUUUUCGUUCGGUCAAAAAUGGUCGUAUCACGAGCCGUUGAAGGAGGUUCUCAUCCACUGCUCCGUGACGCAUUUCUUCUCCAAGAAACUGUUUAAAGAUGCGAAGGCGAAUAAGCCUAUUGAGCAGUUAGUUUCGUCUCAAAAUCCUGAUGAUGUUCUAAAGGAGAGGAUGGAGAAAAUCGCCCUGGCUGAUGCAUAUGCUUAAGCGUUCUUAUUCUUCCGGGGUUUUUGUACUGUUAUUAUCGAUGUAAAAAUUGCACGGAAUGUAGAAAUGUUGUAUAUAUAGUCGACGCUAUAUUUUAAACGCUUCUAAUAUACUUUUAUUUACUAUUUCCCAUAAUUUUUAUUUGUGUAUUGUUAUGUUAUGUUCACUCUAAAAUGUAAAAUUUUUUAUCUUUUUUUUUAAUGCCAUUGUUAUGUUUUAUUUCAGCAAGAAUUAAUUUCAUAGCACAGAGAAAAGUUUCUGACUGUAUGUUACAAGAAAUGAAAUGUAUUAUCUAGGAUGGUACACCCCUCCGCAAUUUACAUUUUUAUUUUGUAGGAAAGAGGUGAUAAUGUAAGAUGAAUGAGACCCCCUAAAUCUGUCAAGUUUGAGGCUGAGGUCAUAGGUACUUUUCACUGCUAACUCCCAAAAAGAAAUGGAAAAGUAGAUUGGUAGAUUGACAGAUAGCUUGCUUAAAAGUAUUUAAAGGUAUUAAACCCGGCUGUGGCCUGAAAUUUCAGAAAUUCUUUAAAUUAAAAGAUAUUCAGACUGAUCUGAAAAUAUAUGUAAAUAUGAAAUGUUUAUCGGGAAUGUGUUUAUCUCCUAUUUUGUGUCAUAGUGUCGUACACUCAGCAUUUUCCUUGACUUUAAUUUUUUUUGUAGAAAAUACUUGGCGAUGAUUAAAUUUAGUGGAGAGUGUAGUUUGUAAAAACAAAACUUUCCUAAUGCAAUAUAUAUCGAGUUCAUUAUUCAUCGCUCAUUUGACUUAAACUUUUUUUUUUGUCAGCAAAAUUCGUUUUUCAAUUUCUUGGAGGAAUUUUACUUUAUUUAGCAUAGGUUGAAAAAAUUGCUCAAUCUCGCUAAAUCAAAUCCACGCCUUCCAAAUCUUUAGGUAGGUAGUAUUUCAAUUGUAAAUUUUAUUAGUAUAAAUGAAGCAACGUUUGUUUUGGGAAUUAAUACCUUAUUCGUAAUUUUCGCGCGCUAACGUCGUUGCCUGAAAUUUAGUACAGGGAUUGUGUGCGAAACCUUUCGCGCGAAAAUUAUCACGCGCGAAAAACCUAAUACUACGGUAUAUAUAAUAGUUAUAUCAAUAAUUUGUGUAAAACUCGGAAUUUAACUAUAUUUUACUUGCUUUUUUUGAGGGAAAGGGAAAUUUAAACUCGCGCGAAAUACGUUCAUUAUGCUAUUGUAAAAAAGUCAAUAGGCGCGAAAUAAUUUUUUUUGACCGCUGCAGGAAACUGUAUUCGCGCGAAAUUUGGUAACGAAUAUGGUUAUCUAAUGAACGCUUGUUAAAAUGAUAACACGUUGAAUUCUUCUAUAUUUAUGUGUGGGAAAAAAUCAAACAAUUUUAUUCUUUUUUAAUUCUCUUUUUAUUAUUUAGAAAAUAAGUUUAGUAAUUAGAAAGAUAAAUAUUUAUGA